AUGGUUGUGGCUGAUGACUGUAAUGACCUGGUAAUCAUAUAUGAAGAGGAAGCAGAACAAUGGGCUACAUACUUGAAAUAUGUUUUCUUAGAGAAGAUCAAGGUUCAGAACAUGUGCUGUUAUGACAUUGGAAUGGCUUCCAUUAAGAAUGAAGAUUUUGUGAAAUUCAGCCUCUACAAAUGUAAACUGCUUAUCUUGUCAAAGGGAAUGCUGGAUAUGAUGUGUCAGAUCAGGAGAUUCUUUUUGUCCAGGGUCCUGCAGCCUCCCCAAACAGUGGUGAUCUUGCAGUGUGGGGUCAGUAGUUCAGGCAAGCUGUUUGAGUUGGUGCCCCUUGGGAGUGAGUGUCUUGAGAUUUCCAGCGAGCAAGAUCCAAAGGAAUACUUGGCUACUGUCACUGGCAUCAUAUAUAAAGGUGCACAGGCUGCUUCAAACUUCAAUGCAAGAACAGCUGGGCUGGAAUUCAAAAUAGAAAAAAAGCAUUCUGUUGGGGCUCUUCCUGUCAAAUCGCCAAUCCUAGUUAUUCCAACAAGAAUUCCAUGUGAGAAACCUGAAGACAUUUUCCUUCUGCUGCAAGAUGCGUUAAACCCAAAAGACAUUGAAAUUGAGUUCCAGGCAAACAACCAGAAAGUAAGGGUGAAGCCCACACCUUGGAAUGAGAAAACACUCUGUGUGAAAGCAUUAGAUUUUCCUGCAGGAACUAUAAAUGUCAAUAUCUACUGCAGAGGAGUUAUUACAACCAAGACAGAAAUCCAAUACUACACCGCAAUGGGGGAGAUAGAGCAUCUUCUCAAGAAAGCUGCAGAUCCAAUAGACUUUAUGUGUCAAGCAUUCCAGAUUUCGUCCACUGACAAGCUCGACCAGUUGCUCACCUCCUGUCUGAAGGACAGGAUGCCUGCAGGUGGUUUGGGGGUUCUUCAAAUCGAUGGCAGCAAUAAAAGCAUUCAGCAUUCAGACGAGCUUCCAACUCUCCUCCACUUUGCUGCUAAGAAUGGGCUGAAGAAUUUAGCAGCUCAGCUCUUACGGUGUCCAGGUGCUCAACAGGCAGCCAGGAUGACCAACAAGCACAGGGAGAGCCCAGUCACUCUUGCUGAGAAACACGGCCACACAGACCUUCAAAAACUCAUUGAAGAAAUACUGUGGGAUGACAGUCUGAGAGGUUGGUUGAUAGGGAACAACGGGUAUCCACUGAAGCGGUGGCCACUGACAGUGCUGCUUGACUGCACGACCCUUAUUGAAAAGAGGGGGUUUCAAAAUGCCAUCUGUUCACUAUCAUAG